AUGACUAGAAAUAAUGAGGACACUGGUUUGACUGAUAUUAUUGUGACGGACCCUAUUGUUGCUGAACAAAAUGAGUUGAUCGCACAGUUAGUGCAACAUAUCAUCGAGAUGAGAGAUGAGAUACAGAAGAAUCGAGAUUUAUCAAACCUAGCUAUUGCCACCAACACAUUGGUUCCAGGCGAAAGAAGACCUCCGCUCCAUCUUUAUCCACCAAAUCCUCCAGAAAACAUGCCAAAUAAUCCUCAUGUCGUUCCAACACAGAAAUCACCAACCAUCUAUUUCACUCCCAACCCACAUCACGCUAGCUCAUCAUACCAAUCACCACCGCCCUCCCAAAACCUAAAUGCCUACAAUUCUCAAGCAUUUCCUCCCAUGUACCAGACUCCUUAUCAAAAUGCUCAAAACCCACCUACCACUCAACCUAUACCUUCAAAACCUACUUUCUAUAUUCCAACACUAUUGAAAUCAUAUCCUCUUUACACUACAUAUCCCGAGCCUGAUCACAAUGAGGAGAAGGAGAAAGAGUGGAGGACCAAAAAGGAAAUAACUAAGCAGAGCAUGAAAGAGGAAAUUGUAAAAGCUAUGAAAGAGUUUCACUAUACCUCGAAUAUUGCUGGAUUGAAUUAUGAAGAUCUGUGUAUCCAUCCAGAUCUAGACCUUCCAGAUGGAUUCAAAGUACCUAAAUUUGAUACUUUCGGAGGAACCGGGAAUCCUUUGGCUCAUUUGAGAGCAUAUUAUGAUCAACUCAUAGGAGUUGGAAAGAACGAGGCUCUAUUAAUGUGGCUUUUUAGCCGAAGUUUAAGCGGAGAGGCUUUGGAAUGA